UCUCUCCCUGCCCGCUCCAAUGUAGUGUGAUCUUACAUCCAUGGAUAGUCCAUUAUCAUACUACCGCCACUUUGCUUGUUGGGGAUAGAAUGCGCCCUCGCAUGCCCUUAGCGAGGUGGAGGAGUUAAUACGUCCAUUCCAACCUUCUUUUUUUCCCCCCCUAGAGGAAACGGAUCCCCCUCCCCUCCGGCUCUAGAAGCUGUCCGUCAUACGGAAGGCCCUGCCUCUUCCGGGUCUCUUCGGCUGGGCCACUGCCUCCUCCUCUCUUGCUUGCUCUCUCUCUUUUGUGAGUUAUAGCAACUGUUGCUUUGUGAAUCAAGCGCCAUAGUCACCGUAGUCCUGGUGACUGUUACUCAUCAACAACAACCGCUCUUCCGCUGCUUUCCAUCUCCUUCCUCAUCGUCACCUACAACAGCCACCGCUAGCAAGAACAACAACACAGCUUUCCACGGUUCAGGGUCUUCUUUUCAGGUUGCAGCCCCUCAUUCUAUCACCUGCUAGAGCUUUAACUUGGCAUUUGAAUAUGAAGAAUUUAUAGUGAAACUCAGUAAACCAGAGGAAGGACAGCUUUGAAGAAUGGGUAGUCAUUUACAAGCUGAUGGGAGGACUUUGACUUAUUUCUGGUUUUUAUGAGUUGUUCCUGAAGUCACAUAAAUAAAGACCGCGAUGCAGACAUCAGAGACUGGGUCGGACACAGGUUCGACUGUGACUUUACAGGCAUCUGUGGCUGGCCAGGCAGCAGUGCCCACACAGGUAGUACAGCAGGUACCGGUUCAGCAACAGGUACAGCAAGUACAGACUGUGCAACAGGUACAGCAUGUCUACCCAGCCCAGGUUCAGUAUGUGGAGGGAAGUGACACAGUCUACACAAAUGGAACUAUUCGAACAACUUAUCCUUACACGGAAACCCAGAUGUAUAGCCAAAACACAGGGGGAAAUUACUUCGAUACUCAAGGAAGUUCUGCACAGGCAACAACAGUGGUCUCCUCUCAUAGUAUGGUGGGCACCGGAGGGAUUCAGAUGGGUGUUGCAGGAGGACAGCUCAUUAGCAGCUCAGGAGGGACCUAUCUGAUUGGCAAUUCAAUGGAAAAUUCUGGUCAUUCAGUGACUCAUACAACGCGGGCCUCCCCAGCUACAAUUGAAAUGGCGAUUGAGACACUGCAAAAGUCUGAUGGUCUUUCUACGCACAGAAGCUCUCUUCUCAACAGCCAUCUCCAAUGGCUUUUAGACAACUAUGAAACUGCAGAAGGAGUGAGUCUCCCCAGAAGUACCCUUUACAAUCAUUACUUACGUCAUUGUCAGGAGCACAAGUUAGAUCCAGUCAAUGCUGCCUCCUUUGGAAAACUCAUACGGUCAAUCUUCAUGGGAUUACGGACCAGAAGACUGGGAACCAGGGGGAACUCCAAAUACCAUUAUUAUGGGAUUCGUGUCAAACCAGAUUCUCCCCUUAAUCGGCUACAAGAGGACAUGCAAUAUAUGGCUAUGAGACAGCAACCCAUGCAGCAGAAACAGAGGUACAAGCCUGUGCAGAAAGUGGAUGGAGUUGCAGAUGGUUUCACAGGAAGUGGUCAACAGACAGGCACAUCUGCUGAACAAACUAUAAUUGCCCAAAGUCAGCAUCAUCAACAGUUUUUAGAUGCAUCUCGAGUACUUCCAGAGUUUGGAGAAGUUGAAAUAUCUUCUCUGCCAGAUGGUACUACCCUUGAGGACAUAAAAUCACUGCAGAGUCUUUAUCGAGAGCACUGUGAGGCAAUAGUGGAUGUUGUUGUGAAUCUUCAGUUUAGCUUGAUAGAAAAAUUGUGGCAAACUUUCUGGCGCUAUUCUCCCUCUGCUCCAGCUGACGACACAGCUAUUAUUGAACUGAGCAAUCUGAGUGAAAUAGAAAGUCGACUUCCAAAAGGAAAACUGAUUACUUUGUGCAAAAAUGAGUCUAUUCUGAAAUGGAUGGGUAAUUGUGACCAUGUGAUGUACCAGGCUUUGGUGGAGAUUCUCAUUCCUGAUGUCCUUAGACCUAUUCCUAGUGCCUUGACCCAAGCCAUUCGCAAUUUUGCAAAAAGCCUUGAAGGUUGGCUUUCCAGUGCCAUGAACAAUAUUCCACAGAGAAUGAUACAAACCAAGGUUGCUGCUGUAAGUGCCUUUGCCCAGACUUUGAGAAGAUACACAUCUCUUAAUCACCUGGCUCAGGCAGCACGGGCUGUGCUUCAGAACACUUCUCAGAUCAACCAGAUGCUCAGUGAUCUCAACCGUGUUGAUUUUGCCAAUGUACAGGAACAGGCUUCCUGGGUGUGUCAGUGUGAUGACAAUAUGGUUCAAAGACUAGAAACAGAUUUCAAGAUGACUCUUCAGCAGCAGAGCACUCUGGAGCAGUGGGCUGCCUGGCUUGAUAAUGUAAUGAUGCAAGCAUUGAAACCAUAUGAAGGAAGACCCAGCUUUCCUAAAGCAGCACGGCAAUUUCUUUUAAAAUGGUCUUUCUACAGCUCAAUGGUGAUUCGAGAUUUAACCUUACGCAGUGCUGCUAGCUUUGGCUCUUUUCAUCUGAUCCGCUUGCUUUAUGAUGAGUACAUGUUUUACUUAGUAGAACAUCGUGUUGCUCAGGCAACAGGAGAGACACCUAUCGCAGUUAUGGGAGAGUUUGGUGAUUUAAAUGCUAUAUCCCCUGGAAAUAUGGAAAAAGAUGAGGGCAGUGAAGUUGAAAGUGAAAUAGAAGAAGAGCUGGAUGAAAAUGGAGAGCCACAAGCCAAGAGGGAGAAAACAGAACUAAACCAGGCAUUUCAGGUGGGCUGCAUGCAGCAGCCAGUGCUUGACAGUGGAGUAGAGCAGAGCCUCCUGAACCCACUUCAUAAUGAGCACAUUGUUACAAAUACUCAGACUAUCAGACAAUGCAGUGCUACUGGAAAUACAUAUACUGCAGUCUAAUAUUGAAGUGCCCCCCCCAACUACAUUAAUCUUGUUGAUGCUGGACUUAACAUGGGGGAGAAAAUAGGUCUGAAAGUUGACUUAUCAAAUUUUAGCUGUGCUGAACUUAACCUUUUAUUGGAGUUGUGAAAUGAAAUGGGUGUAUGCAUUUUGCCAGAUGUUUAAAAAAAUUUGUAAGCAAAAUCAUUUUACAUUGGUUACUCAAUAUUAUGAGUUUUCCUAGUUUCAAGUGUCAAGGAAGAUUUUUGCCAAGCUUUUAAUGUCAAUGCUUUUGUCCUCUUAAAAUGAAAAUAACUUAUUUUUUUCAUAGUUUAAAAAUAUUUUAAUGUUAAUUAUUUGUCAUAAUGAUUUCAUAUACAUAGGUUUUUAAUUAGAUGCACUUCUGUGAAAUAUUAAAAGAAAUACUUUCUUUGACUUAUACUGGAGGCAUACUCAUUUGACAGCAGAUGCAUCAAAUUUGUUAUAAAAGGUUCUUUUCAUUGAACAGAACUAGAAGACACUAUUUUGAUGAAAUUAUGAGCAUUCAGGGGGUAUUUUUCUCAUAAUGUUGGAGGGUUGGGAAGAUCUACUGUUUUCUUUCUCUAAGGAAGAAGUGUUUUCGCUGCAUUUACAAAUGCAGAAUGAGUGAUAGAAUUGUAACAAUGUGGUAAUGUGUACACUGUAGACAUACCUAAUUAUCUGAUCACCAUGUAAACAAUACAAGCUUCCUUUAAAAUCAACAGCUCCAGAUUUUAUUUGCAUGCCAGUUCCUCUGGUUUUGGAGACUACUGAUUCUAUAUUUGAGACCACUGCACAGAUGCUUUCGGUUGUUGAGUGGUACUGUAGUUGAUAGAAACUGAACCAGAAAAUAAGUGACUUGAUUUUUUUUAAGUGUACAUGCUACUUAAUGCUGAACUGGACAUACAGGAAAACAUUUCUUUUGGAUGACUUUCUUCUAUUCCAAGUCUUUUCCUACUACUAGUUCAAUCUGCUGCUUUCAUAAAUGAUAAUUAAUAGAAUGUAAGGAAUGUAGCAACCUGCAUAAUUUUCUUUUCAAAAUAUAUUUCCUGAUUAUUAAAGUGAAUUUAAAUUUUUACAAAAAUUUAAUAACGUAGUGUAACUGGCACACCCCACUUGUACUUAUUCCCAAUUGCAUUGAAUUUGAAUAGGUGGCUAGAUGGACCAUUGCCAUUUAAGAAUGUACAUCAGGGAUCAUUGUACCUCGGCUAUUACAUGGUGCCUUAAACAGAACUGAAGCUAAGAUUUAGUAUUUUUUGUUAUUCUUAAUAACUCUUAACAUUUAUUCAACGAGGUGUACCUGUCACUUUCAAAUUUCCUAAGUAUUAAGAGCAGGUUACAUAGUCUUCAAAGAAAUAAAAGGGGGUUUUAUUAUUAGGUGAUUUUGAUAUCCCUCUUAAAAUUGAUAAUAAAACUAUUUUUUCUUGUUUCUAGCUGAAUUUCACUUUAUUACAAAUAAAAUUUGCUUGGGAACUUGAAAAGCAAAACUAGAUUUAAUAUCAACUUCAAAUGCUGUUAACAAAAUAAAUGGACCCUAGUCAUAAGCAUGGUUAUAUAUUUUUAAACCCUCGUCAGAUUUUAAUUUUUAAAAGUCAGACUAAAUAAAUGAGCAGGUACAUAAUGCAGUGCAUAUUUUCAAUUUGUAUAUGUGGUAGGGUGUCAGCCUGAUGCUAUGUUUUAAUGAUUACAUAUUAUAGUGAUAGUUUAUACAGUCCAUAUUAAUUGACAUUAAACAUCUCUGAUUUUUUCUGAUUAUUUUAAGCAUUUUCAUUAUUUUUAAAGCAGACACAUGGAUUUGCUAAGCUAAAAUAUUGAAAAUAAAUAAAUAAAAGAAAAAAGUGAAGGAGAAAAUAAAAAAAUCAAUUAUAUAGAAAGGACUGUAUAAAAUAUUUAGGGAGUCUCUUGUUUUAUCUAGUGUGACUGUGGAUUGAUUUUUUUUUAAGUCAUAUAUACCAAAUGGGUGAACAGCAUGUGAAAUGAACAGUGUAUUUUCAGCAAAAAAUUUGUUGCUAGAGCUUUCAUAUGCUCCAAGAACGGUUACAGAUCAACUAAGAUGUCCUAAAAUUUUUUGGGGUACAAAAUUAUUUGUAAAUUGCUUAUCAGAAUUUGGAGGCCAACUCAUCCUGCUCCAUUCUAUGUAGGCACAAUUCCUACUGAUGUCAGUAGAUGUUUUUUGUCUCGGCAAAAAGUGCAAAUGAGGUUUAUGUUCAUUUAUCUCUAAAUUCACCUGUGCACUGAAUCCUCAUAGAUUUUGUUCUCCCAAAUAUCACUGUAUCCUGUUUUUUUUCCCUUAGAAAUCAGCACCCUUCACCAAAAAUCCUAAAAACUAACCUAUGAUAUUUACUCCCUUUUAUUUUGCAUUAUAAGAUUUUAACAAGUAAAAUAAAAUGAAAUAUUCAGCAUUUUUCAUUUUUAACAUAGGGUGUUCUAUGCUGUGCUGAUGGUCUGUAUUGCCUGGUUUAAAAUUUUGUGUUGACAAACCUUAAAUGUUUUCUUAUCAUUGUCCUUUAUUGGUAGAAUGUUGGAUUUGUUGUUGCUGAGAGAAAAGUAUGGUUAUAACAUGUAAAUCUAGAUUGCUAAGAAGAGGUGGGACCUGAAUAUCUUUUGACUGAUAUUUUGAACAGUUGAUCACUGUUCAUGUAGUGCAAAAAGAAAACAAAAUAUAUGCAUACAAAGAUAGAAUGUAUAUAACGGAUUCUAACAGCAGUUAUCAAAACAAAUUGGAACUAUCCCUGAUUCAGAUAACUGGAGUUUGUAUUUACUAUGUUUAUCAACUGAUUAUUCUCUCAGAUUUUUAAGUAAUAUUUUCCCUGCUUUAACAAAUAUUUAAAAGAAUUAAGUUGCUGUAAGCUGCUGUGUAUACUUAUAGAUUUGAGAUUUUUGUGCUUUGCUUUUAAAUUUACUGCAAUUUUGAUCAAACAUACACAUAUGAAACAAUUUACACAGUUUUGAUAUUGGUUAAUGGAAAGGUAUUGUUAAUAGAUGGGUAUUGUUAAUGAUUUAAGAACAGAAAUAUGGAUACCUCAAUCCAAAUUAUGUAGUGUGUAGCAUGUGGCUGAAUUUGAAUCUGAGGCCUGCUUAACUCUUUUAGAGCUCUAAAGAGCUGUAGCAAGCAUCUACUGGCUAGACAUUAUAAGAUAAGGGUUCAUAUGAUUUGUGGAUUUUACCCGAUCUUGAUGUGAAAUUCAAAAUAAUUAUUUUAGAGAUGCUUCCCCUAUUAGCACGAAUAACAUAGUGAACACUGUGGAGGAAUGGGUAUUGUUGAAUUACUUUUUCAAAACACAGGGCCCAAUUUUCACAAGUUUUAUAGUUAUGAAAAGUUGUUGGUACAUUUUCAUAUUUCUCAUUGUAAAUCAGUUUAAAAAAACCCCUCUUUUCAGUUAUCUAUUUCUGUGUUUUAUUAUUGUACUGUAGCAUGCUUUGUGCACCUUUUUUUUUUAAUGUUCCAUUAAAAAAUGUGGAGAAUAUUCUUUAAAUUGUUUACUUACUUACAAAAUGAUGAUGUACGGCAUUUCUGCCUUUAGUUCACAAAUGUGUAAAAUAACGUGCUGGUGUACUGUCACUGAGGAAUGUAUAGGUCUAUAAAACAUUUUAAUUUAAACUGAAGCAUUUUUAAAUGUCUGAAACACUGCUUCUGUUCAAAAUAUUUUCCAUGGGGGAAGACCUGACCUGAUAUAUUUGUGGUUCUCACCAAAUGAUAUCAGCAUUGUUUAGAAAAAACAUUUAUAUUAGCUAGAGCUACAUUGCAAUCUAACUUAAUUUAUAGAGUGGUUUUACAAAAUAAAAUAAUCUUUUAUAGUAAUGAAAAAAAUUGGUGAAAAAUUAACUUUUUUAAUAAUGUAAGUAUUUUUGGUACUUCAUGUGACAGUGAUUUCAGAGUUUAAAACAUUCAUUUGAGAGAUUAGUAUAAAUUUGUGAAAAUUGCAUCCUUGUCUCUGUAGAACAGGAAAACUAUCAUGUCUGUGGUUUAAAAACAGGUCAAUGAAUGGUAUUCUAGUAUCUUUGCUACUUUGGUGAUAAAAAGAAAAAAAAACAGGAAUAGAAGCAUAAAUACAAAGUGCUUAGUUUUAGCCUUAGAAAAUUAAUUUAAUGUAAUGCCUUGCAUUAACCCUUUGAGCAUUGUAAGGAUACACUUUUCAGGUAAUUUAAUUAGACCACUGAAAAUAUUCUAUACAUUUAAGUAACCGAUUUUCUUGUAGAAUUUUUUUUUUAAAUUUCUAAAUUAAAUACUUGCAUACUAGACAGAAAUGAUUUUGUUACAGAAGGCUCAAUAGAUUUAGGCUAAAUUAUUCACUGCCAUCAAUAUGUGCUGUCUGGUGCAAAACACUACUUCUGCUAUUUUGUUUUCAUAAUUGCAUAAAUAUCUGGAGAAAUCAAAUAUUUGACUCUACAGACAUAAGUUGUUUACUUUAAGAUGCCUUUACAAGAUGGAGGUUUAGAAAAAAAAUAUUUAUACUAUUUUGAAAAUCUCUUUAGGGUAAUAUUAAAAUACUCUAAUACUGUAAAUGAAAAUCUUUAAACAUAAAACCAAAACUGCUUAGUUAACUAGAGAAUGAAUUUUACAGAACCCUUGGUAUGUUUGCAAUCAAAUUUUCUGCAGUCUAUCUGAUAAAUAGACAAAAAGGACAUUGUUGUGUUCAUAUUACUUUUAACAUUCAGUCACUGUGAUAUGAACUAAUGGAAAGAGAGGUACUAGAUUCAGCUUCCUCUACAGGGAUGCAGUUUGGAUGACUUAUUGAAUGUCAGAAUUUAGAAAGAAAAAAUAAAAACACCUAGAAAUUGCACCUGCCGCCUUCUGUGUUGAAAGAGUCUUUUGUUCUUACAAGUAGUACUCACCAGAACAAGGGAACAAGUUCAGAAGUAAGUAGAGAGUUGUUGAAAAUUAUAGAUAGAAAUACCACUUUACUGAGCUUUUCUAAUAGGUCCUUGCAGUAGCAAUCAGCAACACUAGGUGCAGAUGUAUUUAUUCAAAUCUAGCUGAGUGAAAAAAAAGUCUCAUUACAUUGUUUAGUGGAAUUACAUCAAUAGUAUAGUGCAAGUAAAUUGUAAAGAUUUUUAGCCAGUUAAUGCAAAUUCAUGCAUAAUUAAAAUGCAAUACUCAAAGGGUUUUAAUUUAACAAUAUUUUAUUCAUAAUUUAUUGUAAAUGCUUCCCAGUUUGCAUGCCUUGAACAUUGCUGCUAGCAAUUUUAUAUGCCAGCAGACUUGAGUUUAAUUUACCCAUUUUACUUAAGAAAUAGUAAAAGCCACUUACAAAGUGACUGCCUGGUUUUCAUUUGAGGAAAUCAUGCCUUAGUUUGAUCAUUUAAACUCUCUUGGGUUAUUCUGAUUUUUUUUCUUUUAAAAAAAAGAAACCCAGCAAUUGAAAUGUCAGGAUUGGAAGCCCUGAGUAAUUAAACAUUUGGUAAAAAUUGUUCUUGUAAUUGAUCAUUAAGGCUGAAAUUCAUUAUAGAGAAGAAAGUCCAUAACAAGACUAUGAGCAUCAAAAUGACCCUUACUUAAAUCCGAAUCAGGGAAAUGCUCUUAUGUUCUUAAGUGCCUCCUUGAUUGUGGUGCAAAUGUCUUGCAAGAAUUUUCAGCUCUGGGUGAACUUUACUCUAAAAUAAUAAAAAUUUUAAAAGAAUUAAGACUGUGGAGGGACAACUUCACCUUGACUGGUGUUUACCAGGGACCUAAUCCAGUAUCUUUUGACUUGCUGAUAUCAACAAGAGGGGUUUUUUUCUUUUGUUUUUUUUUUUUUUUUUUUUUUUACACAAAGAAUACUAAAGGGUUCCCAAAUACAUUGUUAAAGUGAUUUUUUUUAAUUUAAACAUUAAAUAUCAUAUUAAAAUAACCCAAUAAAGCAAUUUAAAAUGUCAGAAAAAUAUAAUUUUGUACCAAAGCAAGUUUAUCAUCUUCACUGGAAAUUUGGAUUUACAGUAUAACAAAUGAGGCUAUUGAAUAAACUUUGAGUGCCUUUCUAACACUUGGGAAAUUUUGCCUCAGGUGGUAAACUGUAAUUAGGUUAAUUCUAGAGCUUGCCAAUCAAUAAUUCUGUCAUCACUCAGGGCUUUCUUACCUUCUAGGAAACUUACUUGGUUCCAUUUAUUUUCUACUGUAUUUUUUUAAAGUGCCAUCAUUUAAAUUUCACUUAGUAAGUGGCAGAUUACAUUACUCAGUCCCACAGGCACAGAAAUGUAAUAACACUAGGAGAAAUUGAUCUUUUGUUUUCCUAUUUACUGCAUACAUUAUGUAAAUUAAGAAAGCAACUUUUUUGUAGACUGUACAUGUGACAUAAUGUAAUGUUGUUUUGCAAUUUUUUAAUUAGUUGAACAGACUUUUUAAUUAUUUAAGGAAAACAUCUUUACAGAAUAAUUUGAUAGUUUUUUUGUAUAAUGUAUCUGAUUUUGUAAAUAUGUAUUUCCUGAUGUGAUUUUUUUUUUUUUGUGAGAAAUGCUAAAUCUUUUAGUAUCUCAUGUCCUCUCAAAAUUGAAAGGAGCUAAAUAAUAGUUUGUGGGCAAUUUGUAUUGUGUACUGUACAAUAACUAGGAAACUUUUAUAAUUAUAAAAAUAUAUAUUAACUUUUAGUGUGUUGUUUAAAAAUAAUGACUGGAACAUACUAAAGACAGUAGGAUUUUUCUGAAUAUUUCAGACGAACUCAGGCUAGUUUUCUUGUGUUUUUCAAAACAAAAUUGUGUAUUGUCUUCUGAAAUAAAUAAAUUUGUUUUCCUGUUACAAACAUUUGACAUUUGAAUUGUUUUGGUGUUUAUAUAAUUAAAUAUUUUAGACUGUAAUAU